GUUUAGAGUUUAAGAUAAAGAAAGGAAACAGAUUAGUACGGAAGAGAUACCAGAAGUAUACAGAUUAAUACGGAAAAGAUACCAGAAGGAUACAGAUUAAUACGGAAAAGAUACCAGAAGGAUACAGAUUAGUACGGAAAAGAUACCAGAAGGAUACAGAUUAGUACGGAAAAGAUGGCUCUACUUAGUUCUACUCUACUUGGAGGCAUCAACCUUAGUACUGCAGAGAAGGCUUUUAGGCCCUGGUGGGACAAUAUAGAGGACCAUAUCGUCUACACUCUCGUCAUUUUGAGUAUUCUUGUGGCUCCAAACUCAUUCAUUUCUCCCGUUAGAAUAGACUGUACUUGUACGAGUGACUGUGACAAAGCUACUGGUACGAGUUUGUAUUUUAUCGGACAGUAUUGUGCUCAGAAUGUAGUGGGAUUAGAUGAAUACUAUUGGAUGGAUGGAUUACAGAUAUCUAUAUUUGCUGCUUACUUCCCCUACUUCUUACUCCUUCUAUCCGCAGCACUGGUCAUUAUUGACAGACCGUUUGUGAUGAUUCUGUUCCAGUCCUACAAUAUUGAACAAAUAUACAGCUUGCUCGUCACACACGAUCCCUUUACAGAUAACUUAGACAGGAAGAAGGAGACCAAUGAACUUCUUUCCUGCCUAGGAUCCAUAUCUAGCUAUUUUACCUCGUAUCUCAUCAGAACUCUAUUCUCUAUUGUGUUCUCUCUGAUUCCCCUGAUAAUAUAUAUCUGGUACCUGGUGGAAGAUUAUAGUUUUGAUCAAGAUUAUCACAAGUGUAGAUUCAAUAUAGCAGAAUAUUCAUGUGCUGGAUAUCCUAUGGGUUUAUACAAGGGUGUUGGAUACUUAUACGUGUCCCUGCUGAGUAUUUACCUGAUAUUGAACUUGUGGAACUUGAUCUGGGUUCUCUUCCCCAGCAUCAACUCAAUUGACAAGAUCAUGAUAAAGUUCAAGGCGAUGCAUGUUAGUUCUAAUUUGGAUAAAAUUUAUUUUAAAAACAGAAAUGUCAAGUUGUUAAUGGGUUUACUGUCUUCAACCUCAGGGGUUGGAUAUUCUCUCAGGAGCAUGGGAUUGAUGGAUAAGAGCAUGAAUGAUGCCUUAGUACCAAGUGUACAGAUGUACCCGGUAUCUGAGAAGCAAAGUUAUGUACCCUCAACAGUUCUUAGGUUCCAAAUUGUUCCUAAUACUCCUUUAGAUGAAGUUGUAGAAUCUACAAGAUGUUAUGUAUCCUAUAGCAUAGAAUACGGAGAUAAAAGUGUAAAGUUUAGUAAAACUAUCAGGUUAAUUGUUUAGAUGAAGUUGUAGAAUCUACAAGAUGUUAUGUAUCCUAUAGCAUAGAAUACGGAGAUAAAAGUGUAAACUUUCCCAGUUUUAAGUCAGGAUAUGAGUUAACUAUAACAGAAACUGAAGUUAGCCUUCUUCCCUUCAAGUUGAGCACGAGUAUAGACGGCAAGAUUGUUGCAAGUGUGACCAUUAAAGACUUGCAAACUACACUGUAUCCUCACUGAGUAAGAUGACAUUAUUCUAAACUUUACAGUUCACACGACUUAUAUAGUAUAAUUAUUUACCAGACAUCUCGACUCUACGAACUCGACCGACUCGGCAUUGACAAUGACAUAAUAAAAUCAGCUGCGUCAUCCUUUCAAUGAUUGAUAAUUGUGGAUGAUUUUUUGUCGCAGAUUAUAAAUCGUUAAAUAAUGAAAUUAAUUUUUAUCAGUGACAAAAAAUCCAUUAUUUGAGAAAGUAACGGAUUUUUAAACACUGACUUUUUGUCGUUAAAUUUGAUUCUUUUUAUACCUUACUAAGAGACAAUAUUUUCGUCAAUUUACGAACUUUUUCUCUUUUAAAUUUUCAAAUUUUUAAUACGUAAGUAAGGGACAUUAAGCCUGUAAUUAAAAAAUUAUUUGUCGCAGAUAAUUAACAUUUUGGUCUUAAGGAUACAGUGUAGUCUCUGGGUCUUCAGUUAAAACUUUCUUUUAUCGAUCCUAAAGGGACUGUAAUCGUAAUUUCAAGUGUCCCGGCACUCAACUUUCAGCUAGAAAAUUAAGGAUUUCGGCCACAUGGCAAUUUUUAACUUAAGGGUUACUUGGAAUUACGUCUGAAGUACCUUAAAAGAGUGGAAUUAUUGUUCACUGUUUAUUAAAUUAUUAAUAAAAAAAUAUUAUAUAUAUAUAUUCGUAUUGCUUGAAAGUUCCUCAAACGUAAUUAUUGAGAGGAAAAAUAUUUUAAUUAUCAAUCUUUGCAGUUCUAUAAUUUAGUUGCAAUAUUCAAAUAAAAAGUACAAAAAUU